AUGGUGCCUCCAUCGCAUUUCAUGCCUCCGUUCAAGUGGAUGGAGGCAUGGUGCCUCCAUCCACUUGGAUCAUGCCUCCAUCCCUUGCCUCCAUCCAAGGGACCGACCCAAUUUUCUCUGCUUUCCUCUCCCCGGAUUUCAAUCCCGCCAAAAUCUCCUCCGCUGUUCUAUCCGCCGGCUCCGCUGCCUCCAGUAUCGAAAAGCUCUAGGAAGGCCUACACCUUCUCGACAACCAGGUCCGCCACGAGUUCCUCUCCCACCACCAGGACCUCAUCAACCAUCUCUCCUCCCUCAAGGCCUCUGAAUCUUCCCUCUCCUCUCUCCGCUCCUCGCACAAUUAGAUUUAUUGGAAAAAUUGAAAUCUGCCGCUGUCUUCUUCGCUGUGGAAAAGAUUGA